CAGAGAAAGAGGAACCCACAUAACACGCGCACGCGCAAGCCACGCAGAAGAUGGGGCGAGGCCGGGCGUGCGAAGUGGCCCUCCUUUAAGACCUCGUUGCCACGGCAACCCUUGCUGCCGGAAGAAUUCCUCAAGGAUUCCGCCCAUCUCCUAGAGUAUCUCUGUAGUACGGGCUCCCAGGAGCCGUUCCUUUCCUGCCAAGAUGGCGGACGACGGGAAACGGCAGGACGAGGCGGAGGAAGCAGGAGAAACAGGCGAGCCGAGUGGCGUUGGGCGGCAGAAAGGACCCCGUUCAAGCGGACGGCCUCCCACCGUUCGGGAUCUGCAGUUGGCAUUGGCUGGAUUAUAUGAAGAUGAAAUUAAAAGACAACCACCUCAUUCAGACAAACCAACAACUAGAGUUGCCACUCACCCCCGAUUACCAGUGCAAAGAAAUUUGAGAAAACCAGAAAGAAAUAUGAGUGAUGACAUGGAUAACCAAAGAUUUUACUCAGGCGAUACAGAAUACAGAAUUGUUGAGUCAUCUGGCAAUAUGUCCUCCAGUAAAAUAGUUGAUGAACUUUUCAAAGAAGCAAGAGAACAUGGGGCAGUUCCUUUGGAUGAAGUAUCAAGAGCUUCAGGGGACUGCAAUAAAGCUAAAUCAUUUUCUGGUGGUGGAUACAGACUGGGAGACUCUGCUCGGAAGCAUUCUGAAUAUGUACAUGGAGAAAAUCAGUAUGGGCAAGACGUUGAGAUCUUGCUUAAAUUGUGGAGGAAUGGCUUCAGCUUAGAUGAUGGAGAGCUGAGAUCCUACACAGAUCCAGUGAAUGCUCAGUUUCUUGAAUCUGUUAAAAGAGGAGAGAUUCCUGAUGAAAUUCAACGACUAGUGCAUGGAGGUCAAGUUAAUUUAGAUAUGGAAGACCAUCAAGAACAGGAAUAUGUAAGACCUAGGCUGAAGUUCAAAGCUUUCAGUGGAGAAGGUCAGAAACUUGGAAGCCUUACUCCUGAGAUUGUUAGCACACCUUCAUCUCCAGAAGAAGAAAACAAACCUUUUCUUGAUGCCACUGUUCCAAUAGAUGCCACUGUACCAACAACUAAGAUCCAGAUUCGUCUAGCUGAUGGAAGUCGUUUAAUACAAAGAUUUAAUCAAACACAUAGGAUUACAGAUAUACGAAAUUUUAUUGUCCAGUCUCGACCUUUGUUUGCCACAACUGACUUUGUUCUUCUGACUACAUUUCCACAUAAAGAACUUACAGAUGAAAGCCUGACUUUACAAGAAUCAGAUAUAUUGAAUACCGUGAUAUUACAACAGCUGAAAUAAAUUUUAAGCCUAUCAGUGCAAGGCAGAUUCUGCGAAUAGAUAAUGUUGCAUCAAAUAAAUGAGGAAAAGACCAAAAUAAUUCCAACAUUUUCCAGUGAAAUAUAGCAAUUGACUUUUAAACCUGUUCAGUCUUCCAGUAACAAUUUAUUCAAAUUGCAGGUCAAAAAGAUUUGUUAAACAAAUGUUGAAUUUGUAUUCUUUUUAGUUCAACUUUUUUGAAUUCAAGUACUUUAUGGAAGAGGGGGAAUGGAAAUAAAAAGAAACAUUGAUAGAAAAUGUUUAGGAAUGUACAUUUGAUAUUUAUAG